AAAUCAUCACAAGAACACACAAGGAGACGAGUACAGAAUGUGAGCGGCAGCAUUUUUUUCUAAAAAUAAAAAUUGGAAAUAAUAUGAAUAUCUAUGAACAAGAGAAAGGAUAAGUAAAUUUUGGCAUAUUUGUACAAUGGAAUGCUAUUCAACAUGUUAAAUAAAUAAAACAAAAGCUACACAUAUCAACAUGAAUAAAUAUCAAAAACAUGCUGAGAAAAAAGCAAUUUGCAGAAGGAUGGACAUUAAGUGAUACCGCUUAUAUUCAUGGCUGAAAUCCUGCAAAGACAAUGUUGUGUCCAUAUUUCAUACUAGAUAACCGAAAAAAGUCUAGGCUACCAAUGUCCACUCAUGGAGCAAUUCGCGGGCUACAAGAUUUUGAUGGCGGGGCUGGUCUUUCUGGUUUCGAUCUUCUAUUUCAAGAUUUCCUGGCCUGACAGCACCAUCCCUCAGCCCCCAGGGCCCCGCCCUGCCUACCAGCCCUCUGACUUGCUCCCAGAAGGGAUCUUCAACCUGACUCAUCUUCUGUACUGGCCUCUGACCCCGGGGGACGGAGGAGACUUUUUGGCCUCCACCAGCCCCCAGACCUCCACUUACAACCUGAGGGAGCCUGCCCAGGCCAGCUAUGCCCUGGGAGACCACCUGGAGGCUGUGCUGGUGGCCAGGGACCAUCGGGGCAGGCCCAAGACUCAUGGUGGGGAUCUGUUUCGGGCACAGCUGCUGGGUCCUGUCCAGAAGGCAGGGGUCCCCGGGGAUAUCCAGGAUCUGGAGAACGGCACAUACCUGCUGUCCUUCCCCCUGCUCUGGGCUGGGCAGGCCCAGGUGCAAGUGCGGCUGAUCCACUCCAGUGAGGCAGUUGGGGUUCUGAGGAGAAUCUGGAGAGAGAAAGGAGCAACAGUUGAUUUUAAGGGGUAUUUCCGGGGGGAAAAAGCUGAAGAGACUGUAGUUUGCAAUGUUGACCCCCAGUGGACUGGAGCCAAAGGGCCCACCUGCCAGUACAGAGAUGUUCAUUCAGGUGAGCUCUGGUUCUGUGCUCGACCCCCUACCCUGCCCUGCGACUCCCUAGUCGGGCACUCAAGUGGACGUUACCUGAAGGUGACCACACUACACGAUGAGUCUCUGCUGGCAUGGAAGGUCACAGACAAGAUGCUGCCUCAGGGCAUCUCUGCAAUCCAGAUCCGAACAGCAGCCCCAGGGAAGGGCAGUCUGGCCCUGUCCCCGCGGCCCCCCUGCCACCCUGGGCUCCCGGCCUCCAAGCCCUCCGGCUUCUACCACCAAGGCGUGUGGCACUCGCUGUCCUGCUCCGGCCGCUCCUUCCCCACGGCCGACAGCGUCCUGGGCUGCCUGGCUGGCCGCGAGGUCCACAUGAUGGGGGACUCGACGCUGCGGCAGUGGUGGGAGUACCUGCGCGACACUGUGCCCUCCCUGAAACCGGUGGAUCUACAUGUCACUUAUCAGACUGGGCCCCUGAUGGCGGUGGACACCUCUCGGAGCAUCGUGCUGCACUGGAGAGCCCACGGCUGGCCCCUGCGCUCCCUCCGCACCCCAGUGGCCUCCCUGCACUCCGUGGCCCAGGAGCUGGGGGGCCUGGCCGGAGGCCCCCACACUGUCGUGGUGCUGGGCCUGGGCGCCCACUUCACCACCUUCCCUCCAUCCAUCUUUGUCCGACGGCUGACGGGGAUCCGGGAAGCCGUGGCUGCACUGCUGGCCCGGGAACCCCUCACACUCGUGGUCAUCAAACUGGCCAACACAGGCUACAAGUCUGUGUAUGGCAGUGACUGGUUCACCCUCCAGCUGAACCGGCUCCUCCGAGCUGCCUUUGCUGACCUCCGCGUGGCCUGGGUGGACGCCUGGGAGAUGACCUCCAGCCUGGCCCUGCCAGACAACAUCCACCCAGGACGGCUCAUCGUCCGCAACGAGGUGGACUUGCUGCUCUCCUUCAUCUGCCCCACCUGAGUGCCUCUGUGGGUCCUGGGGCUGUGUGGGUGGCAGGGAGGACCUAGGGCUUGGGACAUAGCAAUCAAGAGAACCACGGCCACGAUGGGGCCUUGAACUAACAAUGAUUCAGAAGAGAGUUGUUAACCCAACACUUACCACCUAGGGUUAAUCAUAGUUAACAUCUUGGUAACCAUUCUUUCAUACAGCUCUCUACACACACAGAGACAUGUACAAUUUUACAUGCCUUCUUGUUCAUUCUGUUUUAAUUUAAAUUUUUCAUAAGAUCAUUGUUGAUUCACAUGCAAUUGAAAGAAAUAAAAGAGAGUGAUCCAAGUACUAUUUAGGUAGUUUCUCCCAGUGGUAACAUCUUGGUUAACCAUAGUACAAUAUCACAACCUGAAUACAAUCUACCAAUCUUAUUCAGCUUUCUCCAUUUUAUUUGUACUCAUUUGUGUGUGUAUUUAGUUUUACACAGUUUUAUCACGUGUAUAUGUUGUAUUUAAUUCUUUAGCAUCUGUUUUGUAGCCUUGCAGAGGAAAGAAGACAAGCCUCAAGGGAUUAUCCAAAGUGGGAUGUCUAAUAGGAGAGCCCUGGCUUCAUUUGGAGACUCAAAGGACUACACCCUCAGGCUAAGGGUGAUCCAGAAGUACAGCCCCUCACCCAGGGGAGCACAAGGAAAUCUACCUGUUGGGAAACUUAGUAUGUGAAAGAAGGAGGGAAAGUGUCCAUAAGACUUUAUAGCCAAAGUCCUUCCUCAUGCUGUGUUUGCACUUGGGUGGCUCAAAAAUUUCUGGUUAAAAUUUAACUUAACUGGUACCUCCAGUCACCUGACAGAAGUAAAUACAUAUAAUUUCUGGAUAAAUCCACAUUUAUACCAGCUCUCAAAGAAUUUUCCACAGAAAACAUUACAAAGGAAAAGAAGUGCUCACAUUCACAAAUCACGGAACACACCAGCAACAAGACAUCAAACAUGACAAACAGCAGAAACAGCAGUCAGCAGAGCCAAACCCACAAAAACUUGACAUGGGAAAAACUAGAAAAAUAUAAAAUACUAUUAAUAUAUCGUAAUAAGAAACAGGCUUGCUGCAAAGGAGAAGCUAGGCCUCCCUAUAAUUGUGCCUAAGAGCCUCCUCCCGAAUGCCUCUUUGUUGCUCAGAUGUGACCCUCUCUCUCCAGCUAUCAUGGGAUGGAGAACAUCUUCUUGA